AUGUUCGACUGCUACGAAGUCAACGACACGACCACCUACUACAAGGAACUCGUGCCCAAAGAAGACUGGCCGGACUCCUUCAUCGUCCAAACGCCGGUUCCUUGUCAGUACUUCCGAUCGCAGAUCCCACCCACAGACCCGUCCUACAGAUAUACGGUGGUAGUGCUGUACGUGGUUAUCAUGGUCACCUCUCUCAUAGGUAACACACUGGUAAUCUACACCGUGCUGUUCGACCGGACCAUGCGGACCGUGACGAACAUGUUUCUGGUGUCCCUGUCGGUGAGUGACCUGCUCAUCACGUUACUCAGUGUACCCUAUCACAUCCUCUGGGCGAUCAACAGUUUUGAGUGGGAGUACGGAGAUGUGCUGUGCAAGUUACCACAGUACAUCAAGGGCCUGUCCGUGACGGCCAGCGUGCUGUCUCUCACGGCCAUCUCAGCCGAGCGGUACCUCGCCAUCCUGCGCCCCCUAGCGGCUCAGCGCUACCUCUCCAGGCCGCGCCUGACAGUGGCCGUGACGCUGAUCUGGGCCGUGGCGUGCCUAGUGUACAUCCCUAUGCUCCUGUACCUCGGCGUUAGGACCACAGUGGAGGAAAAGUCGGCUGGAGACCCCAAUUGCACACACGAGCACUGCGACUACUUCAACUUCACGAUCAAGUUCAGCUUUCUGCGGUGUGAGGAGGAGUGGGCUUCUCCCGAAGCCGAGAGAGCGUACACGCUGUGCCUGUUCCUCAUGCUGUUCUGUUUGCCUGUAGUUAUCAUGGGCGUGUUAUACGGCAGGGUGGCGGUACACCUGUGGUUCUGGAAACCCGCAGGUGACCACAGCAGCGCGCGACUGCGUAACGUCAACACCAAGCGCGUAGUCCGCGUUCUGAUCUUAUUCAUCUUCGUGUUCGUGAUCUGCUGGGCCCCGUACUUCGUGAGCAUGCUCCUCCGUUUGAGUUAUAAGCUUGAGGGUGACGCUUACGGCGCCUAUGCGCACAGGAUCUUCACCCUGAUCGCUCACGCUAACUCCGCAGUCAACCCGUUUCUGUACGCUCUGAUGAGCCAGAGGUUUCGCGAGCGGUUGUCCUGUUGUCGCAAGGGGAAGGCGAACAUCGCGAGCGGGUUGAAAGCGGCUAACAUCAAGCCGUUAGAAACGGUGACGAAGCGAACCCGGGCGUCCACGUUUGGGGAGAGCCAACAGGUGGUCGCGCCGCUGCAUGUGGAAAUUCAGCUGAAUUAACUAAAUUUAGCAAACUGAAGUCCUGCCCUUGGCUUAGGCUUAUUUCCAAGCCGAAGCCCGGUUGGGCAGCUUUCGGGAGAGAAAAGAAUGAUAUAAAAGACAUCAAAAUACACAAAAUACCAAAAU